AUCAAUUUAUUAAUUUAUUAUGUUAUGUUAGCCAGUGCCUAUACAACUACUAAGAUAAAGAGAAACAUUAUAUUUUAAAUUUGUUAACAAAUUAAGCAUUUUGGUAAUUUUUUAGUGCGAGUAUAAUCAUAUACUAUUAUGUGUACUUGGUACUUUUUGAUUUCAGUAAUAUUUUUGUUGGGUAAAGUUAACAGCGCUGUAUUGGAUUUGAGUCAUGGCUAUCAAAAUCAAGCCUCGUGUUGGUUUCCGUCACAGUUAUUCGAGAUUUUCGGGAUAAUGAAGUCGACAGACAUUAAUAAUUGGUACAUAUCAGAGAGUUUUAUGACAUCUGAACAUUGUGGCACACAUCUGGAUGCCCCUUUUCACUUUAAUCAUGACGGUUGGAAAUUGGGAGAAAUUCCAUUGGAACGUUUAAUUAUUGAAGGUGUGCAUCUAAACGUCAGUCAAGAAGUGAAUGAAAAUGCUGACUUUUUACUAACUGCUGAUCAUUUGAAACAAUGGGAACAAGUCAAUGGCCCGCUACCAAACCGCUGUGUAAUACUAGUGAAUUUUGGUUGGGCUCAUAAGUUUAGCAAUCGUAAAUUGUACUAUAACAACGGUACAGAGGUUUCUUCGUUGAUAAGAUUUCCAGGAUUGUCUAAAGACGCAGCACAAUGGAUUGUCGAUUCCGGAAAAGUGUAUGGCUUAGGAGUAGAUGGCCCUAGCGUUGAUCCAGGCAAUUCCAAGUCUUACGAUGUACAUCGAAUACUUUCAAAAGCUAAUAUUUAUAAUCUUGAAAACGUAGCUUUGAAUGGCACGAUAUUACCGUCGAAAGGAUUCAAACUAAUUAUCCAGCCAAUUAAGAUUAUGGAAGGUACGGGUGCACCUUGUCGAAUUUUAGCUUUCACGAAAAAUACAUUUGAAUAAAACUAUGAUUUUCAUUUUUUA